GUGAGAGUGUUUGUUUCCCUUUGCAACAGUCUCUCUCUCUCCUCACUAUGUCUCUCUCUCUCUCCAAAACUCUGAAAUAGAGGUAGCCCAGAAUUCAGCAGGGGAAGUGUUAAUGUGGCUUGCAAACAGGGCCUGAAUUCCUUCUCUCUCUCCUUUUUCCCUCUUUUGUGAGUUCUGUGAAGGGACUGCACAUUAUUUUCUUGAAACUAUUUCUCACUCAGAUCUACCUCUCUCUCUCUCUGCAUUACCCUGUUUGUAAUUUGCGUUGCUUGUGCUUUGAGUGGGCUGCAAAAUGAGUAAAGACGAGUUCUUGAAGAUCCAGACUUGUGUUCUUAAAGUCAAUAUACACUGUGAUGGCUGCAAGCAUAAAGUCAAGAAAAUCUUGCAGAAGAUUGAAGGUGUAUACACUACUAAAAUAGACCAGGAGCAAGGGAAGGUGACAGUUUCUGGUAAUGUUGAUCCAAACACACUGAUUAAGAAGCUAAUCAAGAAUGGGAAGCAUGCUGAGUUAUGGGGUGCAAAGCCCUCCAACAAUAAUAACCAAAACCACCUCAACAACCAGUUCAAGAAUAUGCAAAUCGACCACGGUGGGAAGGGCGGUGGCGGAGGUGGUGGUGGUGGUGGCAAAGGGCAGGGCAAGGGUGGGGGGAACAAUCAGCCUAAGGGGGUUGGGGGUGGGGGUGGAGGUGGAGGCCCCCCGGGGCAUAAUCAGCAGCUGCAGCAGCAGUUGCAGCAGCUGCAGCAGAUGAAGGGAUUACAGGAUAUGAAGAUGCUGCCGCAGUUUAUGAAGGAUGUGAAGAUGGCGGCGCCGGGCAAUGGGAAGGGGGAGCAGAAUGCGAAGUCGGUGAAGUUCAAGCUGCCCGAGGAUGAGGAGAUGAGCGAUGAUGAUUAUGAUGACGAUGAUUUUGAUGAUGAUGAAGAUGAUUAUGAUGAUGAUGAGCUUGAUGACGAGAUGGAUCACGCACCUCUGGGUAAGAUGAAGCCGGUUAUGGGGGGGCCGGGAGGGAUGCCUCCCGGUAUGAUGAUGCAGAAUAUGAUGAAUGGGAUGAUGAAGCCCGGUGGUGGUGGUGGUGGUGGUGGUGGUGGCGGUGGGGGUGGGGGUGGGGGUGGUGGGAAUGGGAAGAAGGGUGGGGGUGGUGGGAAUGUUCCUGUACAGAUGAAUCAUGGUGGUGGGAAGAAGGGUGGAGGUGGUGGUGGAAAUCAGAAUCAAGGUGGUGGUCCGAAGGGUGGAAAGGGCGGCGGUGGGGGUGGGGGUGGUCAUCAUGGUGGAGGCAACGCUGGGCAGAGCAAGAACGGGGGCGGUGGAGGAGGAGGAGGCGGCGGGGGGCCGGGAAACGGGCACCAUUUCAUGCCUAAUGGGGGGAAGAAAGUUGGUGAGGAGCCUCAUGGUGGCAUGCCUAACAUGAUGGCUAUGAAUGGUGGGGUGGGGUGGGGGUGGGGGUGGGUGGGGCAUAUGGGAAAUAUGCCAAUGGGCCAAAUGGGGCAUAUGGGAAACCUACCACCAAUGGGGCAAAUGGGAAACCUACCCGCCGUGCAGGGCUUGCCGGCCGGGGGAGGCGGGGCGGGGUACUUCCCCGGUGGCGGGCCGCCGCCCGACCACAUGGCGCCGGGCGGCAACCCCUACUACCAGCAGCAGCUAGCGGCGAUGAUGAUGAACCAGCAGAGGGCGAACGGGAACGAGAGGUUCCAGCCGAUGAUGUACGCCCGGCCGCCCCCGGCCGUGAACUACAUGCCGGCGCCGUAUCCGCCCUACCCGUACCCCCCGCCGCCCGGCGAGCGGGCCGACCAGUAUGCGAUGUUCAGCGAUGAGAACACCGGUAGUUGUAGUGUGAUGUGAGGGAGAGAGAGAAGCAAGAGAGAGAGAUGGAUGAAUCAAGGGCUCAAUAGUUCAUAGUUUCUUGAAUUGGCUAAGUCUUGAUGCAAUAGUACUACACAUGGAAAUGUUUUUUACUUGAA